UCAGUGAUUAGUUCAUUGAGUUUCACUGUUACUUAGUUUAAGGAUUAUAAUACAAAUUUGUAAAAUGGUGGCAUUACCACAGGUAACAAUAAUUAAUACACUGUAACAAUAAUUUGCAUUUACAAUGUAGGAAGAAUGAACACAUCAACAAUGGUAAUAGAAAAAACACCAACAAUGGUAAUAGACAACACAGCAAUAAUAGUAAGAAAAAAUUGAGCACAUGUUAACACUUUGGAACAGAGUACAACAGCAGGUCAAAUUAAAGACCCUCAUCUCUUUAUUUGAACCAGACCCGAUGUUUGUAUAGUAAAUUAAAUUCUAUCCAUCCUUUUUCUACCACUUAUUCCCUUCGACGUUGCAGGUUUUUGUCCUAUUCAGUGGCCUAGUGGUUAGAAUGUCCGCCUUGAGAUCGGUAGGUUGUGAGUUGGAACCCUGGCCGAGUCAUACCAAAGACUAAAAAAAUGGGAUCCGUUACCUCCCUGCUUGCAUUCAGCAUCAAGGGUUGGAAUUGGGGUUUAAAACACAAAAAAUUAUUCCCGGGCACGGUCACUGAUGCUGCCAACUGCUCUCCUCACCUCCCAGGCUUUGAACAAGGGGAUGGGUCAAAUGCAGAGGACACAUUCCACCACACCUAGUGUGUGUGUGACAAUCAUUGGCGGAUGGUCCGCUGUUUCCCCUCCAAGAUGAUCCACUCGUAGCAGAGCAGCCUUGACGUAGCAGUUAUGUCCCCCAAAGUGCCAGUCAACCAUGGCAGAGGAGAUUUUUCUGCAGUGCAAGUUGCUGUUCGAGUGCGUCCGUUGCUUCCUAAAGAGCUCCUCCACUGCCAUGAGAGCUGCAUCACUGUAGACUCUGAACUCCAGCGGGUCACCCUGGGUCAUGACAGACACUUCCUGUGUGAUUUCUUGUUUGAGGAAACCUGCCACCAAGAGGAGGUUUAUUCUGUGUCAGUGCAGCCUCUCAUUGAUGCUUUCUUUCAAGGGUUCAAUGCUACAGUUUUUGCUUACGGUCAGACAGGCUCAGGGAAGACGUACACCAUUGGAGAAGCUAAUAUAUCUUCAUUCCGAGAUGAGGAGCAAGGCAUCAUCCCCAGGGCUGUUGCAGACGUCUUCAAGCUGCUGGAUGAAAAUGAUCUUACAGACUUUUCAGUCCGAGUUUCCUACUUAGAGGUCUACAAAGAGGAAUUUAAGGACCUACUGGAGGUGGAAACUGCAAGCAAGGACAUCCAUAUCCGGGAAGAUAAGGGCAACAUUGUCCUGUGUGGUGUAAAGGAGUGUGAAGUGGAGGGUCUUGAUGAGGUGUUGAGUUUACUGGAAUCAGGAAACACAGCGAGACACACUGGUGCAACCCAAAUGAAUCCAAACUCGAGCCGCUCCCACACUAUCUUCACCUUGUACAUGGAUCAGCGGCGGGGGAGUUUGCGCCUUUACGGGAAUGCGACAAGCACCGGACCCCAAAUGUUGUCUUCCAAGUUCCAUUUUGUAGACCUGGCAGGCUCAGAGCGCAUCCUGAGGACAGGCAACACAGGCGAGAGACUAAAAGAGAGCAUCCAGAUUAACAGUGGCCUUCUUGCACUGGGGAACGUUAUCGGAGCCCUUGGUGACCCCAAAAGAAAAGGCUCUCACAUACCUUAUAGAGAUUCUAAAAUCACAAGGAUACUUAAAGACUCCUUGGGAGGAAAUUCAAAAACCCUGAUGAUCGCCUGCGUCAGCCCAUCUUCCUCAGACUUUGAUGAAAGUCUUAACACGCUAAAUUAUGCAACAAGGGCCCGCAAUAUUCAGAAUCGGGCUACUGUCAACUGCAAGCGGGAGCCUGAUCGUGUGGAAGGGCUGGAGCAACAAAUCAAGGCCCUUCGCCGAGCCUUGGAAAACCGCCAUCGUUCAGAGACCCGCAUUAUCGCUCAUGCUGAUCCUAACCGAAGACUACGACUUGGCGAAGGAGAAAUCAGCAGGCUUCAAGUCCAAAGUGUGCACUAUAGGACUUGCACAGACACCGCUUACAGAUUGCUACGUGAGCUGCAAAGUGAAGGCGCGCUGACCGCGGAACAGACUCUGAAAGUGAAAGAGUGGAUCUGCUCUGUGGAAGAGGAACGGAGUAGACUGACAACUGCCUCUGGACCAGACAGCGGGAUCGAGAACAGUUCUACUGAGGAAAACGUCGCUUUAAGAAGGGAAAGACCUUCUGUGAACAACCAGGAUUCCGACUCUUUGGAGGAGAGGUGGAGCUAUGAACAUGACAGUGUGAAAGAUGGAGAGAAGGAUCCGCCUGCCGUAGCCAGGCUUCAAACACAGAUCCUGCACUUAGAGCAAGAGAAUACAGACUUCCUGGCAGCUCUGGAGGAUGCUAUGGAACAAUACAAGCUGCAGAGUGAUAAGCUACAGGAGCAACAGGACCUGAUAGCAGAGUUGCAGUGUUUGAUUUCCAGUCCUGGGCUGCAUGGACUUGGCCAUAAUUUGUGUUUACGGCCACACACUGCCCCAAUGGGCUCCAUGCAGCAUAGCAUAAAUGGAGGAUUGCAGGUUGGUAAACAGGAUGUCUGUCUCAAUGAGGAUCAGAAGACCUCAGGUGGUGCAGAAAUCCAUGAAGUGGAAGAAGAAAGCAGUCAGUCAAACCUGCCUAGAGUGAGACGAAGACAGGUGAACCAAACCUGGACCAAGAAGGACUUGCUUUCAGUUGGACGAAUCAGUGGCAAAGGGCUCAUAUCUCAGCUGCCUGAGCCCGACCAGCAUCCAAGUAUAGCAAGAAAUGCUUCUUGCGCCAGCGUGGGGGAGAUAUCUGUACGUGAUGUGGUGAGAGGCUUUGAAGGCAUUUCAGAAUGGGGUCUCCAUCAGGCCCAGCAGAAGAUUAGGGAACUGUCAGUCACCAUCCGGAUGAAAGAGGAGCUCAUUAAAGAGCUGGUCAAAACGGGUAAGGAUGCACAGUCUUUGAACAAGCAGUACAGUCACAAAAUUACAGCUCUGGAAAGUGAAGCCGUGCAGGCUCGACAGGAGCUUCAGGAGGCCCAAAAGCAACUUCAGGACCUGGAGAAGCAGGAGAGAGAAAUCAGCACUACAGACAAGAGCCGUGCACAGGAAUGUAGACGGAAAAUAGCGGCCGCACAAAGCAAAGUUCAGGUUCUCAGUCAGCGUCAGAGGGAUACAGCCCAUCUUGCUAAUCUGCCUGCACAGAGUGAGCGCCGUGUGCUCGAGCUCGAGCGCAGUGUUCAUUCCAUGAGGCAACAACAGGAACUUCUGCAAAAGCGGCUGCGACAGGAGAGUCAGCAGAAACGACGUCUGGAGUCUGAGAUGCAGCGCAGAACCCACAGAGUCAAGGAACUUGAGAUAAAGAAUGAGCAACAGCAGAAGAUCUUAAAGAUUAAGACGGAGGAGAUUGCUGCCUUUCAGAGACAAAGACGCAGUGGCAGCAAUGGCUCCGUUGUGUCACUGGAGGAGCAACAGAAGAUCGAGGAGCAGAAACGUUGGUUGGAUGAGGAAAUGGAGCGUGUGUUGGAGCAGAGACGAGGGCUUGAAGAUCUUGAAGGAGAGCUCACGAAAAGAGAAGAAAUAUUGGCCAAAAAAGAAGCCCUCUUACAGGAACGCAGUGGUCUUGAAACCAAGAGGCUCCGCUCCAGUCAGGCACUGAGUAAGGAUUUGGUGACGCUAACAGGACGCAUCGAGACCCUGGAGCACGAGUUGAGUGAGAGGAAUGGUCUCCUUCGCAGCAGCAGUGCUCAGGACUCCCAACAGAUUAGACAAGAAAUCUCCAAUCUGCGUCAAGAGAAAGAUUCCUUGCUGAAACAAAGAGAGGAGCUUGAUGAUAAACUGCGGCAGGGUAACCUGCUCUCACCUGAGGAGGAGCGAACUCUCUUCCAGCUGGAUGAAGCCAUUGAGGCUCUAGAUGCGGCAAUUGAGUAUAAGAAUGAAGCCAUCACUCAGAGGCAAAGGCAGCUUCGGGCAUCGGCCAGUAUGCUGUCCCAGUGGGAGAUGAAUCUCAUGGCCAAACUCAGUUACCUGUCUGCCUCCGAGACACGAGCUCUGCUGUGCAAGUACUUUGACAAGGUGGUGUCUCUGCGCGAAGAGGAGCGUAAGUUGCAACUCGCCCUAGCUGAGCUGGAAAUGCAGCUGGAUGAGCAGCAGCAGCUGGUGCAGUGGCUAGAGAAUGCUCUGGAUCGCACGCAGCUCGACACCGACCGCAGGCUCACUCAGCAGCAGAAGGAGCACGAGAGGAGUGUCCAGCUCUUACUGCAGCAGUGUCGAGAGCAAAUGGACGAGGACCUGGCAGGAAGGCAACGGCAGUACGAGGGAUGGAUCUAUGGCCUCAACAAGGAGCUUAACCACUACAAGGCGGUAAAUCUGGACCUUAGCAACAAACUGAGGGAGUUCUGUGGCUCAGUCAGCCAGCCGAAGGAGCAGGUUAAAGUGGUGUCAUCUGAAAGUAAACCACUAAAUGUCAACAGUGCAGAUAGUCAUGCAGGAAGAGGGACCCCAAUGACUGAAAAACCUCCCAAAUCUAGAGAAGAAAUGCGGGAGCUCGUGAACGCUCCUCUCCCAUCCACCUGGAGGCGCUCCUCUCUCCCUACAGAGGAGCCCGCUGCCAUGGAGGAGCUGUGGCUGCGAACAGCCUCCGACGUUCCUGUCAACCGCGUAGUCCAAAGUGGGCCCAACUCUCCCACCGUGCCAAUGCUGCUGCCCUCUGUGAAGUCUCGGAGGGAUUCUCGUCGCAGCAGCCUCAAUAUCGGACCACUCAUUUCUAACAACACUUUCACGGACACACGCAAGAAUCUUGCCUGAAAUUAGUAAGGGAAGGGCUUUCAGACUUUCCUUAGAUUUGCAUGUAAUACAAUUUUCUGUAUGUGUAUUUAAUUUUAUAAUGGACAUGUUUUUUUACAAAGCACUUGAAAUGUUGUAGUUUCUGUUUCGCUAAGAUGCAUGAUGGCCUCAUCAAUCAUUGUCAUUGAUACAGAAGGAGGUUGAUUAUAUAUUCCAUUUGAACUUUGGUAUUUUACAGUAUUUUAUAUUAAAAAGUUGCAUAUGCUAAAAUUGAA